AAAAGUGAAAAAAUGGCGCCGUCCGAGUUUGAAGUUUAGCGCCGCCGCGCAGCAGAGUUUCUUCUCCCUCAAGUAGCAGCAGCAGAACCCCGGGCAGCUGCAGCCACAAACAGGCUGCACCAGACUCACUCAAACAGGAUGUUGGAGGACCUGGCUGAGGGCUACUGCAGCAGUCCAGAGCCCCCAUCCCUGCAGGGCUCCGGGUGCAGGUCAGGGGUCAGCAGGCGCGUCCCAGCCGAGGCCCUGGAGUGCAGCCUCACCGUGGAGCAGUAUGUCCUGUGCCAUUGGUCCGACGGCCUGUACUACCUGGGCCGCAUACAGAGGGUCAGUCCUCAGCGUCAAAGCUGCUUCGUGACGUUUGAGGACAACUCCCGCUUCUGGGUCCUCUGGAAGGACAUCCAGCAUGCCGGCAUCCCGGGGGAGGAGCCUCACUGCUCAGUGUGUCAGGAGGAGUGGGACCAGAGUGAUUCUAGUAGCCAUGGCAACCGCAUCCUCAUCUGUGGCAAGUGUGGCAUCGGUUUUCACCAGCAGUGCCACAGUCCUCCCGUAGAGGGCAGCAAUGAGCACGCUCCAUGGUUCUGUCGCCGCUGCAUCUUCGCUCUAGCUGUCAGGAAAGGGGGCGCUCUUAAGAAGGGACCCAUAGCGAAGGCCCUGGUGGCCAUGAAGCAGGUGUUGCCCUAUGACCCGGAUGCAUUGCAGUGGGACUCUCAGCAUCGGACAAAUCAGCAGCAGUGUUACUGCUAUUGCGGCGGCCCCGGAGAGUGGUACCUGAAGAUGCUCCAGUGUUGGAAAUGCCAGCAGUGGUUCCAUGAAGCCUGCAUCCAGUGUGUGCAGGACCCCAUCAUGUUUGGAGACAGGUUCUACCUCUACCUGUGCUGCGUGUGUAACAAGGGCACUGAGUACGUGCGUCGGCUGGCGCUGCGCUGGGUGGACGUGGUCCAGCUGGCGCUCUACAACCUGGGCCUCAGCAGGAAGAAGAAGUACUUUGAGCUGGAGGAGAUCCUGGGCUUCAUCUCUACUCACUGGGAGCAGCUACAGCUGGGCAAGUUGGCUAAUACCCCUGCCUCAGAGAAGGAGAAACACAUCCUGGACGCUUUAAACAAGUACAAGAGCAAGUUCCUUUGUGGGAAGGAGAUAAAGAAGAGAAAGUGUAUUUUCCGACUGCAAACGCGCGUUCCUCCCAACCCCCCCUCCAAACUGUUUCCUGAGCGAACCCAGAGAGAUGGGGGGAGGGGACGCAAAGGAGGAGGGGCCAAGAACAGCACUCCAGCAGAAAGAAGAAAGAGAAAGGCCCGGUGGCUUCUGGAAGAUGCCAUCCCCAAUAACGAGUUGUACUGCAGCUGGAACUCCAACCAUCACAUGGCCAACAUCUUUGACUUCACCCUGGAUGAGCUGCAGAGCCUGAAGAGUGGUUCCAGUACAUCUCAGAGUCUGGACCAGGUCUCCACUGAUGGCUCCGCUGGAACCAGCGGCUCCUACCACUUAAGGAAGGGGGUGGGCAGCAGGAAGAGGAAGCUGCCGAACAACAGCUAUAGCCAGUGGGCCAGCCGCGGCGACGCGGGGGAGGAGCUGCCGGCAGAGGAGCCGUCCGGUCUGGAGGAGCAGGACUCCGCAGAGCGCGCCCUCACCCCGCCGCCGUCUGACUCCUCCCACUUCCUUUCUGAGACCUCCCACCUGUCCUCCGACUCCUCCCACCUGCACUCCUCCAUCUCCUCUUACUUCGGCGUGGCGGGCCGGCUGACCAACGGGGAGUACCAGGUGCUGGCCCGCCGGGUGACGGCCGAGGGCACGGUGCAGUACCUGCUGGAGUGGGAGGAGGUGUUCCCCUAGAGGACGGCCCCCCCCCCCCCCCAACACAACGCCCAUCGUUACAAUGGAUCAGGGGAUCUUAAUCGUUUCCAUCUCUGCACCCGAUAGAAAAACCCAAAUGUCAGCGUGUCCUCGGGGCCCGGAUGCAGCACACCCAGAACACGGAGCGCACCAGGAUUGGUGGUCCCUUCGUUUUCACAAGUGUUUUGUGUGUGUUUGUAAGGCCACAACCCGUUUAAUAAUUAAGACCCCUGUUCCGUGCCACACCAUUUCAUAGGUCACUUUGAGGGCCAUGAAGUCCUUCAGUGUUCAAAAUGCUUUCUCCCCUUCCUCUGAUCCUGAUGUUCCUCAGCCCAAGCUUUGAGCACCUUCACAGCGGACCCUAAACCCGGGUUCCGCUUCAGAGCGCUGCUCUUGUCGCCGCCUUCUCCAGGCAUAGUAAACCUUGUUUCCAUGCCAACAGCUCACUGUAUUGUACUCCUGAGAAAAGUUGUUCAUAUCCCCCCCCCCCCCUGCUUUACGCUCUCUAUGUCAGUAAGCUAACCAGUGCUCUUGUGUUUGUCGUAUUAGCGCUGUAUGCUAAUAAGCUAACCCCACUCCCCUGGCGGGGGACGUGUUUGCCCUGUGUUUUGUUAGGAUGCUGGGCGCCGCUGUGUGUGCUUGACAUGUUAGCGCACUGUUGUAUCAAGCUAGCUGCUGUUCCUGUGCUUGACAUGUAAAUAGGCAGUACGUUCACAAGCUAGCCACUGUCGUGUUAUCAUGCGAACCGCGGUUCCUACGCCCGCCAUGCUAGAACUGUAUGUUGUUGGGCUUACCGCUGAUCUUGUAAGCUGUUCCUCUGUGAGUUGUCAUUUAGCAAACGAAGAAGGUUUAGCGCUUUUGAGUUUUUUGUUAUUUUUUUAUAAGAUGUGGGGUACAUUGUUGGUUUAAUGUGCUCCCUACCCAGACCAGAAAUAAUGCACUAUUUAAAGGUAUCUAUGCAAGUUUACAUGUUGCCUUAUCUGCUAAACCCAAUUGUUUGGUAAAUUGAUCAUGUUUGAUCACUUAAAUUUUGUUAUUAUUUGAAUAUUUUAUUACUUUAAUAAGCAUCAUUGGAUAUCACUGUCAUAUGAUAGUUCAAAUAUAUACGUAGAUAUAUUCUGAGAAUUGGCUUUCAUUUGUAAAUGUGUUGCUGUGACAAUCUGUUAUAUCUGUUAUAAAUAGAGAAACUUAAACAAAAUCCUUACUGAGAUCCUGGCAACACACCCUUGGUCUCUCAGUAUACUAACCAAAACCCCAUGACCUAUCAGUGUGCAGGCCCUCUUUGAUCAUACUCCCACUCACUGCUGCAAUUAUUCUGUCAUUGGCUGGUUUCAAAGCUACGUAGCUCAUGUGGUAUAAUCUUCUAAAAUAAAUGUCUCCACAUUUUCAGUGUCAA